AUGAAGCCCGUCAUUGACGCUGAUAUCGUUCAGACCAUCGACGGGACUCACGAUCCGGACCUCCUUGACACUGUGGACAACUACGUCCUCACCGCCAUCGCCGUCUCUUUCAUCUGGCACUGCUUUAUCACGUUCGACCAGGGGGUUGCGUUCUUUUGGAAACGGAGGCCCUCGGGCGCGUCCGCGCUAUUCUUCGCGAACCGCUACCUCACUCUCGCCAUCGGCAUUUAUAAUACCGCAUGGUGGCCUACAAGCAUCGCAAACCGUGUUGGGUAA